AUGUUCCAUGCGCCAACUACUCCAAAUAAAAUUGAAAGACGUCUGAAAUGGAUUUUUACGCCUCGCUUCGAUGUCAACGACAUUGUGCACUACAAUACAGUUACAGGCGAGCUUUUUUUUCUUGCUACGGGACCUGAUCCAAAAGAAAUGCAUCUUUUUUGGUAA